CAUUUUGAGUUUUAUUGUGAAGUUCGGACCCCCCUUCCCCUCCAGUCACACAGCAGACAUGGCGGAGUACAGCCAGGCAGGCCUCCUGGCAGCUCUGCUCCUCUUCACGGCUCUCACGAUCCGGGACGUUUACCUCGGUCGAUCGAGCGUGCAGCGCGGACAUCCACCGGCCGACAGCCCUGGCCUCUCCCCCGCGGACACAGAGCCCGGGAAAACCGCCAAGUCUUCCCUGUACACUGGGCCAGUUCUCAGGUUCCAGUACUGUAUCUCCUGAGGUUACAGCAAAGUGUUCCAGGAAUACUCUCACACCAUCAGCAAACUGUACCCGGACAUCCGCAUUGAGGGAGAAAACUACCCCCCAACCCCCUUCAACAGGUAUGUUGGUAACCUGAUCUCCUACCUGAAGCUCCUCUCCAUCCUCCUGAUUGUGUGCGGUCAAAACCCCUUCCUCCUCCUCGGCCUCCAGACUCCCAGAGCCUGGACCUGGAGUCAGGACAACAAGAUCUUCUCCUGUCUCAUGGCCUUCUUCUUCUGCAACAUGAUGGAGACUCACUUCCUGUCGACUGGAGCCUUUGAGGUCACUCUGAACGACGUCCCUGUGUGGUCAAAGCUUCAGUCGGGUUAUGUCCCGAACAUCCAGGAGAUCUGUCAGAUCCUCGACAACCACCUAAAGAUGAACCAGGCGGAUCACAUGACCUUCUCCUCCACUUAAAGCUACACACACAGCCGUGCUGUAUUCAGGUGUCCCAGCACAGUGGGACGUUCAGCCGCUGGCAUUCAUGAAGGUCUGGCCCUAAAGCAGAUUCUGUGGGGCCCGGCCGGAUGUACCCCGCCACGAAAUGAGCGCACCCUUUGCACCUGGUCACAGCUCAGCACUACAGUACCCACAAUACACCUGUCAGCAGGUGGAGUCCGCUGUGCUCACAGACAUGCUGAGGACUCUGCUGGUUUCUAACUGUUUUUUUUGGUUCAGGUUUAUUUUAUUUAUUUAGUUUGAGGUUCAGUUUUGUCAGCAGGAACAAUAUUAAACUAUGGUACCACUGUUAGCAUCAUGCUAAUUAGCUGCCAUCUGGACAGGAAGUACCAGACAGGAAGCAGAAAUAAACAGAAAUGUAAUGAAUAAUUAAAAUGCAGAUAAAUGUGUUCAUUGUCAGUCUGCUAUAUUUGAAUUAAUGUCAUCUUUGUUCAAUCUGUAAAAUGUCUGAAAUAAAAAUAAAAGUUUGAGUUUGUGA